CACACGGUUAAGUUUUCGAUCACCGCACCAAGCCACCAACUAGCUUUAGAUCGAUUGGAAAUGGCGUCGACAAAAGCUCUCUUCGUGCUCGCCGUCCUCCUCGCGUCGGCCGUCCUCCUCACCACGGCGGCGCCCGCCGAGCAAACUCAUGACAAGGAGGAGAAGGUGAGCACCAACAGCGCCGGCAUCCAGGACGGCUGGCGCGGCGGGGGCGGCGGCGGAUACCCGGGCCACGGCGGCGGCGGGUACGGCCCAGUCCACUGCGGCCGGUGGGGCUGCUGCCGCCGCGGGUACCACGGCAACUGCAUGCGCUGCUGCGGGGCCAACGAGAAGGCCCCCGUGGAGGAGGUGCACAACUGAUUCAUUGCUACAAUCUCCUCGAUCGGGUAGCUGCCUAGCUUGCAUGCAUGGCUAGCUCUACCUAGCUAGGAUCGACGUUCUGGAAGCUUCGAGGAUCGAUCUAUCGCUCUUCCAGGCCGGCACUGAAUAAAAUAAAUCUCCAGUGUACGCAAGUGAUCUCUCUGUCUGCAUGCGCGGAUGAAUGCACGUAGUACGUGCUCUUCCUUUCUUCAUCGAGUUGGAAUAAUAAUGAAUGUGUUGUCACGUAGUAGCAAGCAAAAAUACAAGAAUGCAAGAGCAUGCUAUAAAACGAUUAAUUGAUGUGCUA